AAUAAGUACAAAGUAGGAGAGAGCACUCACUAACUCAAUUUUCGUCGUUUGGGGCUUAUAGUAAUGGCGCUCCAUCUUUAGCGCACUCUCCGACACGACACGAGACAAGACGAGACAUUGGAUUUUCUUCAGUUCUAAACGCGCCUCUGCAAAUUUUCCUCUCUCCUGAGACAGUGACUAUAUAUAGCAGCCUAGCUUCUCAAGGAUGGCUCAAUCGAGGGCUAACCAUAGAAACCUUACGAAAACACAACUAGGUGGUGUCGUUUUUGGCUGCACCAAGCAUACCAUCAACGAAUGCCUCUCCAAACACUUAUUUGGUCUGCCUUACAACCACUUUUCAUACGUCCAGAACAUUGAUACUGCCCUCCCCUUGUUCCUUUUCAACUACUCUGAUCGUAAACUUCAUGGCCUUUUCGAGGCUGCUGGUCCUGGUCAUCUCAAUAUUGAUCCUUAUGCCUGGACCUCUAAUGGUUCCGACCGAACUUCUUUUCCUGCUCAGGUUCAAAUCAGUGCUCGCUUACAGUGUGAACCCCUUUCUGAACAAAUAUUCAAACCUGCCAUUCAAGAUAAUUACUACUCUUCUCACCAUUUCUGGUUCGAGCUUGAUCAUUUACAGACUAAUAAGUUGAUCUGUCUCCUCUCUUCCUUUCCUCUCAAACCUAACCCCCCACCCCUCCUCACUAGACAGCUUUUUCACUUUCCUCCAUCACCUCAUCCUCAUAUUAGAGUCAACAUGGACCAGCCUUCCAAUAGCGAGCCAAUCGAUACCUUAGAGGUGGAGGUGGAGGUGGAGGCCUCACCUGCUCCUCAGGAUUGUCUUCUCGAGGAACUCAAGGAUCUCGCCCUUACUCAUCCACACAAUAGUCUGAUGCUAACCGUUGACCAACCAAACGUUCCCACGACAGAUAGAGACGAGGAAACAUGUAAAAUAGCGGGGAAAGGAGAUGGCGGUUCAUCCCCGCGUCAACAUACAAUAAUCCAGUUGAUGCAAGAGGUGAAGGAACUCAAGGCAUACGGGAUUGAAAAUUCAACCAAGAUAUGCUACUUGGAAGAGAAACUGGGUGAAGCACACACUGAAAUCCAUAGACUGAGAGAGCGUUGCAACAUGCUGGAGUCCAAAAUCGCUACUAGUAGUGAUACUAGGGAGAUCCAUUUACCAGAUGAUUCAAACUUAGAUUCAACUGAGGCAGCAAUUCUUCUGUUGGGCGGAUUUGAUGGUUACUCUGAAUCAGGAUUGUCAUCAGUCCAAUCAUAUUUUCCGUCUAGGAAUGUUGUCAAGGCUCAUAGUUCAAUGACCUCUAUCCGUUCGAAUGCUUCAGUCGCAAAAUUGGAUGGUAAAGUUUACGUCUUUGGAGGGGAUGAAGGUGGCAAUGGUUGGACGAACACAGUUGAAUCAUAUAACGAGACGGAUGGUGGGUGGAGCUUGUGCUCUCCCUUGAACGACAGAAAAGGAAAUUUAGGUGGAGCCACAUUGGAUGGCAAAAUAUUUGCAAUCGGAGGCGGGAACGUUGAGGUAGUUUUUUCAGAUGUUGAGAUGCUUGAUCCUGAUAUAGGGAGGUGGAUCAGAACUAGGUCAAUGGAGCACAAGAGAUUUGCAGUUGCCGCCACCGAGCAUAACGGUUCCAUAUAUGCUGUUGGUGGUUUUGAUGGGAAGGAGUACCUCAACACAGCUGAAAGGUUUGAUCCUAGAGAGCACUCGUGGAUGAGAAUUGCAUCGAUGAAGUCAAGAAGAGGCUGCCAUUCUCUUGCUGUUUUGAACGAGAAACUAUAUGCGAUAGGUGGGUAUGAUGGAUCGACAAUGGUAUCGAGUGUGGAGAUAUAUGAGCCACGGAGAGGGACAUGGAUAGAGGGAGAAGCAAUGAAGGAGGCAAGAGGAUAUUCAGCAGCGGCAGUGGUGAAAGACUGCAUAUAUGUGAUCGGAGGAUACAAGGGGGAAGGAGUAGACAUCUUAGACACUGUUGAGUGUUUCAAGGAUGGCAAAGGGUGGGAAAAGGUGCCGUGUUCAUCCAUGGGGAGGCGUGGCUUUCUAUCUGCUGUGGCUUUGUAAAGGGAAAAAGCCUUUCUCUUUUUUUUUUUUUGGAUCUAUGGCAAAGUCAUUACUCAUGAGAUGAGAUGAGAGCCACUGAUAGGAACUCUCUAGGAGUUGGGAAACAUUUAGACGUUGGGGGAAGAGUGUUUUUGGAUGCAAAAUGGACUUUGCUAUAAUGAUGGUUUUGUAAAUUUCAGUUGGAAAAGUGUCUGGAACACAAGAUUAUAAAUAUCAUUGAAACUCAAACAAAUAAAAAAGAAAAAGAAAAGUAGAAAAUGAUAUAACAGAGAGUGGAGUCGUAAAAGUUGGGCCGAAGCAAACAGAAAUAACGUGUAGAUUGUCAAAUAGAAAGUAGCCAUAUAGUUAUUCGCUAGGUUUAGCUCCUCUGAAUCCCAUCUCAAAACGUGUAGAUUGUAUAAGCCAUCUUGAUAUGUCAUUCCUACAUUUCAUUUCUCUUCUUGCAGGGAUCCUUCUUUGGUUGGAACCUGGCGACUUUGUAGUUCCAUGAUCGACGCUGACUGCCAUGCAACCGUUAUGUAAGGUGUGUGGCUUCUUCUUUCAUCUAUUAACUUUGAUCUAUUUCCCUUUUAUCUUAAUGUUUGGAUUGAGAGAAUAACAUUGAAUGCUACUGCUUUACUUUAGAGCAAUCCUUUCUACUGCCGUUGUGUAUUUGUCAAAUAUAUAAAUGAUUAAUGUUUUAAUUUA